AUGGGAAUUCAAGGACUGGCGAAACUGAUCGCUGACGUGGCCCCCAGUGCCAUCCGGGAGAAUGACAUCAAGAGCUACUUUGGCCGCAAGGUGGCCAUCGAUGCCUCCAUGAGCAUUUAUCAGUUCCUGAUAGCUGUUCGCCAAGGGGGGGACGUGCUGCAGAACGAGGAGGGGGAGACCACCAGCCACCUGAUGGGCAUGUUCUACCGCACCAUCCGCAUGAUGGAGAAUGGCAUCAAGCCCGUGUACGUCUUCGAUGGCAAGCCGCCGCAGCUCAAGUCUGGGGAGCUGGCCAAGCGCAGCGAGCGGCGGGCCGAGGCGGAGAAGCAGCUGCAGCAGGCUCAGGCCGCUGGGGCCGAGGCAGAGGUGGAAAAGUUUACGAAGCGUCUGGUGAAGGUCACCAAGCAACACAAUGACGAAUGCAAGCAUCUCCUGAGCCUCAUGGGCAUCCCGUACCUCGAUGCGCCCAGCGAGGCGGAGGCUAGCUGUGCGGCCCUGGUGAAGGCCGGCAAAGUCUACGCUGCGGCCACAGAGGACAUGGAUUGCCUGACGUUCGGCAGCCCCGUGCUCAUGCGGCACCUGACUGCCAGUGAGGCCAAGAAGCUGCCCAUCCAGGAGUUCCACCUGAGCCGGAUCCUGCAGGAGCUGGGCCUCAACCAGGAGCAGUUCGUGGAUCUGUGCAUCCUGCUGGGCAGUGACUACUGUGAGAGCAUCCGGGGCAUCGGGCCCAAGCGGGCCGUGGACCUCAUCCAGAAGCACAAGAGCAUCGAGGAGAUCGUACGGCGGCUGGACCCCAACAAGUACCCCGUGCCGGAAAACUGGCUCCACAAGGAGGCCCAGCAGCUCUUCCUGGAGCCCGAGGUGCUGGACCCAGAGUCUGUGGAGCUCAAGUGGAGCGAGCCCAAUGAAGAAGAGCUCGUCAAGUUCAUGUGUGGGGAGAAGCAGUUCUCCGAGGAGCGAAUCCGCAGUGGGGUCAGGCGGCUGAGCAAGAGCCGCCAGGGCAGCACCCAGGGCCGCCUGGAUGAUUUCUUUAAGGUGACCGGCUCUCUCUCUUCCGCCAAGCGCAAGGAGCCAGAGCCCAAGGGAGCCGCCAAGAAGAAGGCAAAGACUGGGGCAGCAGGGAAGUUCAAAAGAGGAAAAUAA